AUGGGAAACGGUUUCGGGAGCAAAGUCUCUUCUCUGGGUAUCGUAGCUGCAGCUGUCGACAAAGGUCAACCAAAGGAUGGAGUACAGAAUGCACCGAAGGAGAUUCGAAAAAACGGUCUCGAAGACCUCGUAAAGAAAUUGGAAGCGAAGGUGAAUUAUUAUGGAGAGAUUACCCAGCCAAAGGAUAACGAGCCGGACGUGAUUUUGAACUGCGAAAACCAGCGAGCGCUGAUUAAAACUACUAUUGAGCUAAAAGAGGCAGUUGAAAAAAGCGUAAUUGCGAACGACAUGACACUUAUAUUGGGUGGCGAUCACAGCAUUGGAUGUGGAUCAAUCGCAGGUCACUUCACAAUUUUCCCCAAUUCCUUUGUCGUAUGGGUUGAUGCCCACGCGGAUAUCAACACACCGCAGAACUCUGUUUCUCGGCACACUCAUGGCAUGCCCCUCUCCUUCGUUGUCACGGAAACAAGCAAACUCAUUCCCCAAACCGAUGGCUUUGAAAAAAUCAAACCGGUCCUCGGACCUAAUCAGUUGCUCUACAUCGGACUUCGAGACGUCGAUCCACCAGAAUUAGCGUUCCUAAAGGAAUUUAACAUUCCGUAUUUCACUGCACAAGAUGUGAAAAACUUAGGCAUCCAGAAAGUCAUGGAUAUCACUCUAAAAACCAUAUUCCGAUAUAGUCCCAACUCUCAAAUCCAUCUAAGCUUUGAUAUCGAUGCGCUGGAUCCAAAGCAUGCUCCUAGCACCGGAACCGCCGUUCCCGAGGGUCUCUCGUUAAACGAAGGAAAAUACAUUUGCAAAACACUUGCUCAGACGGGUCAUCUGAAAUCCAUGGUGCUAGCCGAGGUUAAUCCGUCACUCGGGUCACCCGAAGAGGCAAAGACAACGGUGAAAUCUGCUGUUGAGCUUAUCAAAAGUGCUCUACUUUUGGACUGA